UGACAAUUUAUUAUUGGCCCUUUCUAUGCCUAAGCAACUGGACCUGUCGAGGGGUCGGUGUUGAACAAGGGAAAUGGAUUUUGAGGAUUCCAUGGAGCGAGGAGAGGAAAAGCCUCUCCUCAAUCAGACUAGUUCAUCAAGGAAUUAUGAAGCAGAAACACCACCAGAAGCAAAUGAAUACUCCCAGUUGGAACAAAAGCCUACAGAUUGCAGGGCCCCUGGACUUAUUUUGGGAUUUGAGUGUUUGGAGAGUAUUGGAUUCAAUGGAGUUGGGACGAACUUGGUUGUGUAUUUGAGGAGUGUUCUGCACAGCAAUAAUGCUACAAAUGCGGCAAAUGUUGCAGCUUGGCAUGGCACAAGCUAUUUCACGCCCAUCAUCGGAGCUCUAAUAGCAGAUUCAUAUUGGGGGAAUUAUAAGACCAUCUUAAUCUCCCUCAUCCUUUACCUCCUUGGUAUGAUCUUAGUUACUCUCUCAGCCUUAACUUCGGCCUCGAUUAAAGAAUCAAAUGCAACUCAAAAUGUAAUCUUCUUUUCCGGAUUGUAUCUUCUGGCUAUCGGGUGUGGAGGGGUGAGAUCGGCGCUACUUCCGUUCGGUGCCGACCAAUUCGACGAUCGAAACCUUAUCGACCGAGAGAGGAAGAGGUCUUUCUUCAGUUGGUUCUAUCUCUGUGUGAACUUUGGAGUGAUUAUUUCUGGCAUUUUCAUAGUUUGGAUUCAAGAAAACAUAGGUUGGGCACUCGGAUUUGGAAUUGCUACAUUAUGCAUCACUCUAGCGUUCGUCGGUUAUUUAUUGGGAACACCAAUUUAUCGGAUUCGAUCGUCUCAUGGGAGCCCGUUGGAGAGUAUUUUCCAGGUUUUGAUUGCCUCUUUCAGGAAAAUAAGAUUAGAAGUUCCAAAAGAUAGUGGCCUUCUCUAUGAAGCGGACUCCAAGAGAUCAAAUGAUUCGGAGCAAACUAAGCUUGCGCACACCGACGAUUUCAGGUUCCUAGACAAAGCUGCUAUAGUUACAGAUUCAGAUUUAGACCAAAAUGGUGCUCAAAAUGAGUGGAACAUUUGCACGGUAACGCAAGUGGAGGAAUUGAAGAUACUUCUCCGGUUAGUCCCGAUAUGGCUAACGAGUAUUGUCUAUGCCGCAGCACAUUCUCAAAUGUUUACCACAUUCAUCCAACAAGGAACCUCAAUGGACACCAACAUAAAACACUUCUCAAUCCCCCCCGCCUCCUUAAAUUCCUUUGAAGUUCUUGCCGUAAUGCUUUGGGUCAUUCUCUACAAUAAAAUCGUUGCACCAGCAACUCAAAGCUGUUUCUCCAACGGAGCGGGGCUUUCUCAGCUGCAACGGAUGGGGAUCGGCCGUUUCCUCGGAAUCGUUGCAAUGGCAAUCGCCGCGUAUCUUGAGGCGAGGAGAUUGGAGAUUUUCAGAAGGGGGGAGAUUCUCAGCAUAUUGUGGCAGCUGCCGCAAUACUUUAUUUUAGCAGGGUCUGAAAUGUUUAGCUUGAUUACGCAAUUGGAGUUCUUCUACGGUCAGGCCCCGGAUUCAAUGAAGAGUACAUGCACGGCAUUCGCGCUCCUCACUAUCUCUCUAGGCCAUUAUUUGAGCUCGAUGAUCAUCGCGGUUGUCGCAGCAUUAACCACUGCGGGCGGACGGCCGGGGUGGAUACCUGAUGAUUUGAACAAGGGCCAUCUUGAUUACUAUUUUUGGGUCCUUACUAUCCUUUGUUUAGUGAACUUUGUGGUGUAUCUCUUUUUUGCGCAGAAAUUCACACUCAAGAAGGUUAUCAACUGAUCUGAUGCUAUCAUUGGGUCCUUACCUCCUUUUCAUUGUUUGUAGUUAGUUAAGAAGAGAAAAUCCCUCAAAUGAGGGAUUCAUAUCAUUAGUGAAUCACAUUACAGUGAAUAUUGAUGUAUGUUUCCAAAAUAUUGACACAAACAUAAGUUUUCUUUGAUUGGUCACUUCUAAUCUUUUCCCCUGGA